AUGUCAUAUCUUAAUACAGUUAAUUCAAUAUUUAAUUUAAUUUCUAUUUUUCUGGAUAUGAUUGCUUUCAUUAUUUGUUUAUCUUUUUUAUCAAUUAUUGCUUAUCAUUUUAUUCAAAGAAAUCAUCAUCAUCAUAAUCAAAUAAUAAAUAAUGUACCUUUAAUUCUUUCUAUUAAUACUCUUUGUAUUAUUAUUACGAAAAGUAUUUUUCAAACUAUUCAUAUUACUAUUCCAACUAUAAUGAAAGAUUUUCACAACAUCACUCAAACUGAAGAAACAUUUAUCUGUCGACUAAAAGCAUAUAUUCUUUGGUCAAUAGUUGGACAAUUAUAUUGGAGUUAUGUUCUUCUUGCAUUCUUUCGUUUUGUUCGAAUUAUUUAUCCAAAACAAUUAUGGUUAUGUCGAUCAUUCUUCUAUCUAUAUAUACUUAUUCCUUGUCAAUUUAUAUUUGUUUUCAUUGGUAUUCUACCAUCAUUUUUAUUUUUUGAUUGUAUACAUUUAAUACCAAACGAAGCUUUUUGUGAUAUUUUAAUCAAACCUGCUUAUUUCUGUGCAUAUUCAAAUACGAUUGCAUUUGGAAUUCCAUAUACGAUUCUUUGCAUUUUCUAUAUAAAAAUUGGACAAAAAAUGCGACAACCAUCAAUGAUACGAUUACAUCAAGAACGUAAUCGACGAGAUUAUAUUGUUAUUAAACGAAUGUUAUUAAAUUCAAUUUUACUUUGUCUCAUAGCCGUACCAUAUGUUGUUCUUUAUAUUAUAAGUAUAUUUUAUGAAUAUUUAAAUUCCACUACAUUACGUUUUCAAUGGUUAUCAUCAUCAUUUGGUUCGUUUUUAUUUUCGCUUUUUCUUCCACUAAUAACUACACAACUUGGAAAUUUAUUAAAAUCGAAUAAAAUAAUACCAAGAAAUGAUCAAACAGAACGUAGAGAUUAA